GCAUCGAAGAACGUUUGUAGCGCUAUAUAUAUCUCACCCUGAAGGAACCGAAGGACAUACGGUAUAGUGCGUCAGUAACCAACCACAAUGCAACGCUUCCUAAUCCUCGCGGCCUUGAUUGCCGCAGCGAGCGCACAGCUCUGCAAAUCCCCGGGUGAGCUCGUUCCGAACCCGAUGAACUGCAAGCAGUUCUUUAUGUGUCGGUCGGGCCGCACCAUCCUGUUCUCCUGCCCGGACAACACACUCUUCAACCCGCGCACGCGAGUCUGUGACCUAACCAACCGCGUUCACUGCGAAUUCGGUGAGCUCCCAUCGAGCGUCAUUUCGUCCGCCAUCAAAGCCCAACCGUCCCAGAUCGAGCAUACGGUCACGGCCUGCAUCAACCGUCCGGUUGCCAUGCUGCUGGCCAACAACGCUGACUGUAGCCGCUUCUACCAGUGCUCAGUAACCGGUGCCAUCGGAUUCGAGUGUCCGAUCGGUACGCUGUUCGACUCGCGUCAGAAGAUGUGUAUGGAGCGUGAGGUGGCCAUCUGUGGAACCGUAGCAGAGCCCAAUCCUCCGAUACUUCUGCCACCCGUGCAACUGCCCCCGUUUCUGCCCCCGGUUCUGCCACCAGUUCUGCCUCCUACGCUUCCGAUCGUACCACCCUCGCUGCCCGUGCAGCCUCCAAGCAACCUGAACAGUCUGCAGAUGCUGUGCCGUGGAAAGCCGAUUGGUGCGAAGAUCCGUAACCCGUCCAACUGCCAACAGUUCGUCAAUUGCAUCGGCACGGAGCUGCUGCGUUUCACCAGCUGCCCGACCGGCACUGCCUUCGACGAUGUCCGCAAGGUUUGUGAUUGGGUGCAGAACGUCAAGUGCUAG